AUGUCGUGGAGAAAUGCAUGUGACAAUGAUCCUGUAAACAAGUAUCCAGAUGUUUUUGAUGAAAAUCUUGGGACACUGCCCGGCAAGGUUCAUCUGCAAGUAGAUGCCACUUGCAAACCUGUGGUGUUACCCGCGAGGAAAAUACCCGUGGCUGUUAGAGAAAAGUUCAGAAACGAACUGAAAAGAUUAGAAGACUUAAAAGUCAUACCCCCUGUGGACAAACGAACGGAAUGGGUCAGCCAAAUCGUGGUCGCCAUGAAGAAAUCAGGUUCGUUGCGGAUUUGUAUCGAUCCAAAACCCUUGAAUGCUGCUUUGAAGAGGGAACAUUAUCAAAUCCCUGUGAUUGAUGACCUAUUACCAGAUCUGACAGAUGUGGAUAAAGUGGAUCUAGCUUCAGCUUUCUGGCAUCUCAAACUGGAUGAAGAGUCGAGCGUGAUCCUGACAACUUUUGCAACUCCUUAUGGUCGUUUCAAAUGGCUUCGUCUUCCAUUUGGUCUCAAUGUCUCGAGCGAGAUAUUCCAGAAGCGUCUAAAUCAAGAGUUAGAAGGCCUUCCUGGCGUCAAGUGUAUCGCUGACGAUGUGUUGAUUUAUGGUACCAGUGAAGCCGAUCAUGACAGGAACUUAGUGUGA